UCUUUCCCUCAAAGACAACUGCUUCUUUAUUCAUCAUGUUAUUCUUCAACCAGAGCAUUUUCUACCCUGCAGUCUUCUUCCUCACUGGCAUACCUGGCCUUGAAACUCCUCACUGGCAUACCUGGAUCUCCAUCCCAUUCUGUUGUCUCUAUGUCAUUGCUAUCUCUGGAAAUGGCAUGAUCCUGUUCGUCAUCAUCACUGAGUCGAGCCUCCAUGAACCCAUGUACUAUUUUCUCUCCAUGCUAUCGUUCAUGGACCUAGGUCUGUGUCUUUCUACAUUGGUCACCGUGCUGGGUAUUUUCUGGUUCAAUGCACGAGAAAUCAGUUUUGAUGCCUGCAUUGGCCAAAUGUUUUUUAUCCAUGGCUUCACAUUCAUGGAGUCCUCAGUACUUUUGGCAAUGGCCUUUGACCGCUUCAUUGCCAUCUGUAACCCGCUGAGAUAUGCCACAAUCUUAACCAAUUCACGGAUUAUUAAAGUGGGCUUUGCAAUUGUUCUUAGGGGGACAACAGCUCUAGUGCCUCUACUUGUGCUCCUUAAGCGUCUCUCCUUCUGUGGUAGUCAUGUGCUCCACCAUUCCUACUGCUUCCACCCUGAUGUGAUGAAGCUCUCAUGCACAGACACAUGGGUCAACAGUACAUUUGGCCUGGCCAUUGUUAUCUCUACUGCUGGCUUGGACUCUGUCUUGAUCCUCCUCUCCUAUGUUCUGAUUAUCCACUCUGUGCUCUGCAUUGCCUCCCCAGAGGAGCAGAAAAAGGCUUUUGGUACGUGUGUCUCUCACAUCAGUGCAGUUGCCAUCUUCUAUAUCCCCAUGAUCAGUUUGUCACUAGUGCAUAGAUUUGGAAGACAUGCCCCUCCCCUUGUGCACACGCUCAUUGCCAAUGUUUAUCUGCUUAUCCCUCCUGUAAUGAAUCCCAUAAUCUACAGUGUAAAGACCAAGCAAAUUCGCAAGGCUGUGCUCAAAGUAUUUCUUUCUAAGCUAAUUUAGGAAAUUUUGAGCGUAUCCCUUCUUUACCAAGCCUUUUCUGACCCAUGUUUGGUCAUUCAAUACUGCGAGUUACUGCUAUUUGUUGAAAAAGCCAGUUUCAACAUGCGUUGUCUCUAUUCUGAUGAUCCACUAACUUACUAUUUACACAGUUCUAGAUGGUGGAUUAUUUGAGGGCAGAGAUUGUGUCAGUACAUCUGAUCCUAUCAUGAAUACUGAACUUAGCACAGUACAGGACCACCAUUAAACUGUGUCUGAAAGCAGGCACAAAUAAAGUCGUACAUGGCGUUUAGGUUGUCUUACUACCUCUAGAGUAUGUAGCUAUCCAAGGUAAGGCUCAUAUAACAUAGAUCAGUAAGUGAAGUCUAGGUUUCAGUAAUUCUUACAGUUUAUUUGUAGUGAUUCUACCUGAUAGAUUGUAAAUGGCUGAAGAAUAUGAAUAAGCACAAUAAGCAAGAAGAAGUAUGAAUAAAAGAAGUACUUUCCUAAUUCUUAAAAGAGUACUUGAGGUCAUUUUGGUAAAUGCAUUAGUAUUUUAAUAGCCCAAGACCUGGGGAUCCAUUGUCUAAAUAUAUGUCUAAAGAAGAAAAAUGGGCCAGAAUGUAAAGAUAUAUUGUGACGUCCAACACAGCAUCUGUUAUACAUUGCAAUGAAAAUGUGGAAACUGCUUAAUCAAUGACUUUAGGGUACUGACUAAAUAAAAUAUCAAAUAUGAUGUAACAGGUUAAAUACUAGUACAAACAUAAAUUAUGUUUUGUUAAAAAAGGUAGGUUAGUAUACAAAGUACUUACUACUGUGUAUAUAUUUCAUGUGAAUAUAUGAAUAUGCACAUUACAAAAGUAUCAAUAAACAUAUCCCAAACAUUAAAA